CUGAGUCUUAGGAGGUUAAAGGGGGGUGCAUCAUUUUUGAAAAGCACUUUGGAAAAGGGAGUCAGGCCAACUACCAAAACACACUUGUAGCCAAUCAGCAGUAAGAGGCAUGCCUACUAACCGACAUUGUUGCCUGGGCUGCGUAUGUGUGAGGCGGGUCUAUAAAAAGAAGGUCCAGAUUCUAUUGGGGUAGAGGCGUGUGAUUUCAAAUGUCAGCAUUGGCUUUCAGAGAUCAUGCACCCCACCUUUAAGGUAGGCCAGCACCAGUAUUUCAAAUGACUUCAUAACCACAGAUGUAACAGCAACGGGCCUGUAGUCGUUAAGUCCAUUAAUUUGGUACCAGAAUGUUAAUGAAGCGUGUGAACAGCGAGGAACUUCACACUGUUGCAGAGAUCUGUUGAAGAUUGGGGCCAGGUGGUCAACACAGACUUGGUAAAACACCAUCUGGGCCUCACGCUUUCCAUAUCUUCUGGGUUUUUUUUAACUUCUCACACCCUUCACACAGACCAUAAACACAGCUUAAGAGGAGAAAGAAGAGAGAGGAGGCAGGAGAUAUGUAAGUUGUUGAAAUAUUGCAAGAUUGCAAUGAUUGGUAAUAACUGAAUGAUUUUAAUAAUUCAAAAAGUCAAAGUUUUAGGUUGAUGCAUAGAGAAUGAUGCUAACCUUUUCCAAAACAUGAUUUGAAACCAGUAUGUUUCUUAUAUAAUUUUCAGUUAAAUAUAUUUUGUAUAACUGAAAUCGAUUUUUCAAACUUAAUAGCAGUAUUGUUUGUUAAAUAGCAACAAAGUGGGCCUUUAUUUCCUCAUAGCCACAACAUCAAAAGAAAACCUAUAGAGGAAAUCGUGAGAAAAUGACAGAGGACAUAACAAGGAUCCUAUUUCAACGUCACUUGAAUAUUUUAAACUCUGAUGUGCAUUAGGUCUAAAAAUAGCUGUCCGAAUACCCAUAUAAAACUAAGGACAGGCGAUCGGUUCACUUUGGACUUUGGAGAGCUCUGUGCUUUUGACUCUCUGUGUGACUAGAUAACACUAAAAAAAUGAAGAAUCUGAUGUCUCUUCUGCUUUUGGGUCUGUUCUGCUCUUUUCAAGUGACUUCAAACACUCCUUUUGCACUUGUUGCUAAUCAAUUUUCAUGCUGUUCACAAAACGUCUCCAACACUCCGAUCCCUGUGAAGAAAAUAAGAUCGUUUUCCUGGACCAGCAGCAACUGCCCUGUACAGCAUGUUGUGUUUCAGACAGUUAAAGGAAGAGAGAUAUGUGCAGAUCCAAAAGCCCACUGGGUGCACCCCCAUAUUGCUAAAUUAAUAAAGAAAGCAAGGAAAUCUAGAGCAAAGACUCCAAGAACCCCAGUCUAAUAAACUACAAAUACUUCCUUAAAUAAUCUACAAUGUUAUAUUAUAUUACAUUUAAUAAUAAUAUUAAUAUUAUUUUAUCAUUUUUUAAAUAUGAAUAUAUUAUUAUAUUGCACUAUUGUUCACAUUACUAAGUGGACAACAAAUAUUUACGUUUUUGUAUUUAGUUGUUUUAAGCAACCAGAUGUAUCCGUUUUUGUAUACAAAUAUACUUUGAAUUGUAAGCAAUAUUUU